AUGGCCGAUUCUGCUGCUAUGGCAGCACUCACCAAGUCUGCGACACAACUUCUCAUACAUUACACCGCUGACCAAUGUCACAAAAGCCAGCACUGUUCAAACUGUGAUCCGGCAUCAGGAAACUGCAUCACAGAAUGCGAAACUGGAUAUUACGAUCUAAAAUGCGAGUCUGGUUGCAGCAAGAAUUGCAAAGAGAAGAAAUGCAAAUUAUUAGAAAAUACCGGCAUUGGAUAUUGCACAGAAGGUUGUGAACCCGGGUAUCACGGUGUAAACUGCAAACUAGUUUGUUCAGUUCCAACACAAAACUGCUCCAAAUGUCCAGGUGGAUGUGACGGGGAACACUGUACCCAAGGCGAUACAUGUUUCUCCGACUGUCAAGAUUCCUACUACGGCUUAGCUUGCAAGGAUUGUUCCAAGAGAUGUCAAUCGUGCAAUAGAAUAACAGGAACAUGUGACCAGUGCCAUUCACAUUAUCAUGGCAAAAACUGUGAGUACUCGUGUAAUUACUGUUCGGGAUCAUGUGUCAGUGAAUGUGAACGAGUAUGUGCUCCUGGAUUAUACGGGACUGAAUGUGCUGAAAUGUGCAGUGCAAACUGUCUUCCUAACCCAGUGUUCUAUUCUGAGGGCCAGUGUGUGGAAGAAGAUGGAAACAUUACAAACGAGUGUACACCAGAGUGCCACAACGAGAGUGGUCAGUGCAUUCAUGGAUGUGUGGCUGGAUGGUAUGGCCCAAUGUGUGAAGUCCAGUGUAACUCCAACUGUUUUAACAAACGAUGUGACAACACAAGUGCGUGUGACGAAGGUUGUACAGCUGGUCAUUUUGGAAAGGACUGCAUACCAUGUUCUGACAUCUGCGCUAGUUACACUUGCAAAUCAAACAACGGGUCUUGUUUGCACAACUGCAGCAGUGAGGUGUAUGGACAAUUCUGUAAUAUCACCAGUAAGACAUGUAUUGAGGACGUGUGUGCUCAGAUUACUGACAAAUGUAUCAUAGAAUGCUCCAUCACUGAGGAAGGAUGUACGCGUAAUUGUUCAACAGACAUUCCAACAACCGAGUGCAGUGACGAAUCUUGUGUCACAGCUGACUCAGGUAAAUCGGCGAGUGGCAUAAUCCUGUACGCAAUAUCACUGAUAGCAGCACUGUUUGUGGCAGUAGCAGGAUGUUGCAUCUGUUACCGCAGGGGUCUCUCUACGACGAGGAAUAAUCAGCAGGGUGAGAGUGAACAUGGAGCAGAAACACCACAGGAAGAAAGAGGAGAGUACGAGGCCUUACAUCGGUAUUGUGAAAUUAGAGAAACAGACAUGGACAUGGAGUCUGAGACAUCCAACAGCCAAGAAAUCGGGCAAGAGAUGGCCGCCGCCUUUCCUGUUUUAGCGGUUUGUUCUUUCCAAACAAGAGGCACUGGUCUUGCUGACGGAUAUGAAAACAUAACAGGAAUUUCGUCUGGAGCAACAGAAACGCACACAGCUAUAGAUGCACAAUCGCCAGUUGCUGAUGAUUAGAUUUUAACCUGAUUGUAGUGAGUCGGUGAGUUGGUAUAGUCGUACGCUGAUUUUAGCAAUGUUUAAGAAAUAUCACGGCGGGGACAGUAGAAAUGGGUUUCACAGAUUUUACCCAUGUGGGGAAUCGACCCACCGUGACGAGUGGGCGCUUUAACCAUUAGUUUACACUCACCACCCCUAACCUUAUUGUAAGCAGUAACAAGAUCAAUAGAAUGUAUGACAUUGGACUCUUAUUCGUCCCUGAAUUUACAUAUCAAUUGUUAAAGGUGUUUGUCUAUUUUGAUCAGGACCAUAUAGCUUCGUUGUAGGGGAUUGCCAGACUUGAAAUCUAACUACAUUUAGGACUUUGUCAGAAUUCCUUUGUAAUCGUUUUAAUGUUUAUACAUUUUCCCAUAUAGCAUCAUGCUGUCAAAGUUAUACUAUCAUCGAUAAAUAUUUGUAAAUGAGCACAUUUGGAACAUCACACGGUGCUUUGGGGGAACUGCAAGGGUCACGUUUGGAGAAUAUCACCGGGUAACAAAAAAAGCCCUUCAUCAUCCUGUGGUUCCUUAGUAUGGUGAUCAACCUUCAGUUGCUGCUGAUCUAUAGUCCGUUCUUAUAUUGUACUAUUCUCUCGUGAUAUAUUUUUAUGAUAGCGUACUAGUUUUAAAUGAAGAGCUGUGAUAUUCGAUGUCCUUCAAUGACAGGUUUUUCCGUUGUACAUUUAUUGAUUUGAAUAUUGCUAUAAACUGUUCUCGUCACGAUAUGGCUGCAAUAUUGCCGAUGUGACGUUAAGUUUUCACUCACUCACUCAUCAUCCUGUGGUCGUAGGACCAUCCAUAUUCAUGGCUGACCGAAAAUUAGCACAGCUUGACAUCGUGACAAUCAUUUGGGAUAAGAGAUUUUGCUGUGCAUAGAUUUUAUUCACAAACUGUUUAAUCGCAUGAUUCUAUUAUGCAUUGUGAUCAUAUGGGUUAUCUGACAUGGGCAGGCAAGAUUAAUCAUGUAUCGAAGAUGAUUUACAAAAUUUGAUUUUUACACAGCUGAGAGGUUAUGUAGUACUAUGCAGA